AUGGCAGAAUCUUAUGAAAACCAGUUUACAGAGGCGCUUUAUAAGAAAUAUGAAGUUUGCGAGAAAGUUUUGAUUCCGAAGAAGACGUAUUUCACAAUGAUAGAGGAUUUAAAAGGGGCAGCGAGAGCUGUUGGAACAAAGAACAGACAUGGAUACUACCUUUUAUCAAAGUUUGAGAUACUGCAGUGUGGUGAUGUCGAGAAACUGAUCAAAACGCGAGCCACCCAAGAUGAGGAUCCAGUAUACUAUGCUAGUACAGAAGAUACCUACGACGUGGAAUGCCAGAAGAAGCGCAAGCGCUCAAGUACCAAGGGUGUAGUAGUACGUCCCAUUCUCACGAAGGAAUUCGGCUCGCGUGCACAGUUUGACCUUAUUGAUAUGCAGUCUGUGGCCCAAAAUUCAUUCAAGUGGAUCAUGGUCUAUCAGGACCACUUGGCCAAGUUUGUUAUACUGAGAGCAUUAACUUUAAAACGUGCUGCCGAGGUUGCCCAUCAGCUGCUGUAUAUCUUUCUUCUUAUUGGUGCUCCAUCCUUCCUUCAGAGCGACUAUGGGAGUGAAUUUACUGCUGAAGUAAUCUCUGAACUGAAACUAGUUUGGCCAAGACUUAUCAUGGUACACGGUAAACCUCGACACCCUCAAGGUCAAGGCUCUGUUGAAAUGGAAGUGAAUUUACUGCUGAAGUAA